AUGUCUAUCCAUUCCUCAAUCUCCAUCCCAAAUAUUUUAAAUAAUGAACAUUUUAUUCUUGACUUUAGUCGUCUACUUUUGUAUUAUUUCUUAAAGGUAUUCUUUUUUAUCAUGGAUUCGAAUGCAUAUCAGCAGAUUUCACAAAGUAACAAUGAUGUUUGUAUUGAAAUGGAUUUGCUUCGAGUGGGGUCUGAGCCAGUGGGCAUGCGUUGCCCUUACUGCAACGAGGACGUAAUGACCGAGGCAGUAUACAAAAACACAACUGUAACUCACCUCGUCUCAAUUUUUCUCGGAGCUUUGUUUUGGUGGCUAUGCUGUUGUUUACUACCUUAUUUUGUAAGAAGAUGGAAGAACGUCGAGCAUUAUUGUCCAAAGUGUCAGAAGUUUCUUGGCGUUUACACACGAAGAACAAUUUUUUGA